AUGCUUUCUCUCCAGACCGCAGCCCUGCUGCUCCUCCCUCUCGCCGCUGCCUCUCCCGUGGCACGCGCUGCUGAGACCAGUGUCACCGUCACAGUGGACACUGCCCCUGCCGGCCCUACCAGCUCCACCUACAACUGGGCUGAAGGCUGGAAGGCCAGCUUCCCCAUCCACCAGUCUUGCAACAUCACCCUGCGUACUCAGCUUGAGGCUGCUCUCGCCGAGACCAUGACCAUUGCGGCUCACGCCCGCGAUCAUCUUCUCCACAACCCCAAGUCUGAGCUGGCGACGAAGUUCUUCGGCAACCAGUCCGUUGCCGGCCCCAUCGGCUGGUACUCCAAGGUCGUCUCGACUGACAAGUCCGAGAUGCUCUUCCGCUGCGACGACCCUGAUCGUAACUGCGCUACCCAGGAUGGUUGGGCCGGCCACUGGCGUGGCUCGAAUGCCACCCAGGAGACGGUCAUCUGCGACCUCUCCUACGAGAUCCGCCGCCCUCUUGCUGCUCUCUGCGGUGGAGGUUAUACCGUGGCCGAGUCCAAGCUCAACACCUACUGGGCCACCGACCUUCUGCACCGCGCCUUCCACCUGCCCGGCAUCAGCGACGGCAUCAUUGACCACUACGCUGAGGACUACGCCGAAGCCCUCAAGCUUGCCUCCACUGAGCCUGAACUCUCCAUCAUCGACAGCGACACCCUUCAGUACUUCGCCAUUGAGGCCUAUGCCUAUGACAUUGCCGUCCCCGGCGUCGGCUGCCCCGGCGAGAAGCCUAUCAUUGACACCGCCGCCGCCACCAGCACCGCUGCUCCGACUACUACUGCCGCCAGCGAUGCCAGCGGCACCACCACCGCCGAUGCUUCGUGCCACACUCACGACGAUGGCUUUGUUCACUGCACGUAG